AAUAUUUACCAUUUAAUAUUUUGCCGAUUGUUACUUUUUUGAUCAACAGUUUGUCGAUCUGAGGCCGUGGUCGGUGAAGCCCGAGUCAACCUUUUCCGGUACACAACGUUGCUCAGAUUUGGAGUUUGUAUUAACAUUAAAUAAAUGUACAGUGGGUAUUGGGUUGAAUGAAUACGCGAGUUGUAUGGACUACAGAGGACCAUUUAUAUGAAACCAUUACUAUUCAGUGUGACUGAUUCGUCCAUACUUUUAUUUUAUUUUCAAAAUAAAUUAAUAAAAUCGUUGUUUUCAUCGUUUUCAAUUUAAAACGAAACCGGCUUGCAAUUAUUGUAGAACAUUGCGUUGCUAUUGACUUUUCUACAAUGUCAGAAAUGGAAAUCUCGUCCGGAUUAGAAGACAGCGAACCAGACAUUUCUUAUAACAUGGAUUUAUUUCAACAGAUGAUAAAUUUAUGUCGAAACAAUAAACAGUUUCCACAAUCAUAUAUUGAAGAUAUGAAUAAAAUGUACAAAAAAUGCAAUUAUAAGCAAAAAAGUUCAAAACAUUUAUGUAAUUUAGUACUUAAAGGAAUAGAAUUCAUUUCUCCAAAGAAUAAAAAUUCUUUUCAGUAUGCUGCCAAUGUUUAUAAUGAAUUAUUGCAACUAUCCGAAAAAGACUCUUUUAAUUUACAGACUGAACAUUGUGUGGCUAGUACUUCAAAUGGUAAUGCAAGUAUGACUACUGAAUUAGAUAAUGAUAUAAGUAAAAAUGAAAUCAAUGAAAGCGAUAAAAUAUUUAAAGAAUUAAUUGAAAAAUGUUAUGAAAAUAACAAUUUUCCAAAAUCAAAUAUUGAAGUGAUUGAAAAUUUAUAUAAAUCUCUACCUUCUGAAUUUCUUGGUUCUAAGUAUUUUAUUAAGUUGUUAAAAGAAGCAAAUCUAGUAAUCUGGCCUGAUAGUGGUAGCUUUUUAUAUACACACAUGGAACACAUAUAUGAACAACUACAGCAAUUUAAAACUUCAAUGAAGGUUCAAGACAGUAAAACAUCUGUAAAGAAUAAAGAAAUAAAUGAAAAGACAUUAAAACAGCUCAAAAAAUUAAAAUCCGCAUUAAAGAGUAUCAGAAAAAAAAUUAAAGAUCUUGAAGAAAAAGAAAUGGAUAUAAAUAAUGAUGAUGAAUUUAAUUCUGACUCUGCAUAUAUAUUGAAGGAUAAAUAUGAAAAAAGGAUUGUUGAAAUAUAUAAACGAAUGUGCAAGCUAAGUGAUGAACCACACUUUUUAGAAGAACCUAUGCUGCGGUUUAGAUCAACCAAUGACAGUUUGGUUAAUAAAACCAUUGAGAAAUACUAUAAUCUUAACAAAACAUUUCCGGACUAUUUUGAAAUAUAUACAUUAUUAAAGUGUUUGCGAGACAAAAAAAAAUUAAAAUGGACUGACACUGAGUUAAAAAAUAUUUCACAUGAUGCGUUUCUUAAGCUCGGAAAACAAUUAAAGCUUCGAAGAUUGAAUGAAUAUUUUGGUCGUUUGGCUUAUGUAAGUACAAUAAAAGAUCCAGCUGAAGAAAAUGAAGAACUCAAAAAGAAACUCGAUGAAAGUAACAAAAAGUUACAUUCUGAUUUGAAUGCGUUGACUUUAAAGUUUAAAAAUAAACAAGAUUAUGCAGAAGAAACUGAAGGGUCUAACCUUAAUGAUACAGAGUGUGAAUACAGUUCAGAAAGUGAUUGUAUUAAUUCUCAUAAAAAAUUUGAUAAAGAGUUGAAACCUAUCAAGCCCAUAUUAGCUAAACGAAAAAGAUUAUCAUCGCCAGAAUCAGAAAUUUGUAAACCACCACAAAAGAGUCAGAAAACUAUUUAUAUGGAGUCAUUUGAUUUAGCACCAAGCGGUGUUGCUUUAGAAACAACUCAAAAUGAAGCAAAUGAAGAAACAACUGUUAUUACAAAACAGGUUCCUAGCCAAAAGACAAGUAUAGUGACUAAUAAAAGCAAUAAUAGUAUUGAUGUAGUAAAGAGUGCUAGAAAAAUUUUAGAAAAUGCUAAUGUUAUCAUUUCAAAUGGGGAAACAUGUAUUGUUGACCAAAAUGCUCCCAACAACAUAAUUGUAAAAAAUGUUGACGAGAUUACAAGUAAAAAAAACAAAAUCUAUACCAAAGAUAUUCCCGAAAAAGUAACCAAGUGUAUUAAUGGCAAUGUCAAAACCUUAGGAAAUAACAAUUUAGUCACAGAAACAUCUAUUGAUGAUACUAAUACAGACGGAGUCCUUGUGAUUGAUGAAGAUAUUAGAGUUGAGAAUAAAACUAAUAAAACAGUUACAAAAGAAUCACAAGAAAAUAAAAUUAGAGACAUAGAGGAUGAAGUAAAUGCUAAAAAUCAUAGUACCAUAACUAUAGAUAGUGAAGAUUAUGAUCCAAUUAUCUCUGAGCCUGAAGUAAUUUUGCGCGAGGGUAAAGAUUUGGGAAAAGAUGUUAUUGAGAUUGAUGAACUCGAUGAUUCAGAUGUAGAAAUAACAUCUUGUGAAACGUCCGUAGUUCCAGUUCAAAAUAAAAAAACACUAGAAACAAUUAUAAAAGCUAUGAAUUUUGAAAAGAAAUACAAUUGGAAUAAAGAAUCAAAAAGUUCUAAUCAUAUACCGCCUCGUACUUUACAUCAAAAUUCAAGUAAUUUGAAUCAGAAUUUGAACAAUAAUUUAGUCAAUCGUUGGGUUAUGAACAAUAUACGGCCUCCUAAACCAAAUAUCCCAAACAAUAUUCCCAAUCCCCGACAAAUACAUAGACAUAGACAUGUGACUUGUCAGGGAGUGCAGUCAACUUCUUAUCAAAAGAGUGUACAAACUGCUAGACAGGUUACUCAACGUAUUUCAAAUACAGUUCAACAACAAAGAAAUUUCAACAAUCAAUCAGUAUUACAAGAACAAGUAACAACCAUGACUACAACAACUACAGUACGACAAAUAGUCCAGAAAAAUCAAGUCCACCAUCCUGGUAGUUCUUUAACUAAUAGUGGUAAAAAACCUGAACUUAUUGAACUGGAUUAGUAUUUGGUAUUGUAAAUACAAUCUUAUAUAAUUUUUCAUCGUAAUAUUUUAUUUAUUUUAUUUUUAUCUGUUAGAUAUCAUGGCAUGUAUUAUUGUACUAUCAAAGUUUUUAAGAUUUUGUCUGAACUUAAUAUAAUAUUUUGUCUUCUAUAAAAUAUAAAAUAUUGAAUUAAAUAAAGAGAUAAUAUUUGUUUUUAAUUAACACCAGCAAUUUCUUUGUAAUAAUUGUUAG